UUGAAAAUAAAAUUCUAUAGCAACCAUUCCCUUAUUUUGCAUUAUAUUUUGUCUUUAACUGUUUUCAAGAUUACACAUUUUACUAUAUUUUUUAAAUACAGAAUUUAAAAUAUAACAACAUAAAAUAAUUACCAUGAGUAUCAAAAAGGAAUAUGAAAGUGUUGAGAUGUCUGCCGAACGAGCUGCCCAGGUUGCCAGUGUUAUGCGUAUUGUAAACGAAUCCAUUGAAAAAUUAAAGAUAUCGUUGCUGAUUCCACGUGUCCUUGAGAACCCAUUGACGGUGAGAAGGCAUUUAAAGGGGACCAAAUAUGAAAAGUGCUGGCGUGCCAUACAAUCGUUCUUAAUUGUGAAGAAAACGAAGGAACAAAAAUUUAAUCCCGAGGAGAAUUUACAAUUGCUACAAUUAAUUGAUAUGUUCCAUGAAAACUUUGAAAUGCUGCAUUCAUUGCCCAAUUGGCUGGACGAAUUGAGCGAUGAGGAUAAAUCUCUGUUGGAUGCUUUUACACUUUUACAAAAUAUAGCUGAAGAGCGAUUAAGUAAAUCGGCGAUGGCUGAAUUAACGAAGGAAAAGAAGAUUCAUCAAAUUUAUCAUGAUAACGAGCAGAUGAAGAAAAAUAUAGCUGAUUUUCAAGGGAAAUUACACAAUCAAAAAAUUAAUUUACGUUGGAAGCUCGCAGCGAAGGAUGGUGUUAUUAAAAAAUAUGAAGCCGAUUUGGCAUUUAAGAAAUGGGACAAUAAUGUGCGCAUUAGAGAAGAAUUGGUGAAGUCCAGUCGACGAAUUCACAACAUCCAUAUGGCCAGUGUUAUAAAACAAAAGGAACUGGAAGAGGAACUCGAGAAAACAAAGUCGGCUUAUGAAAAAAUGUUAAAGCAAAACCUCUUACAUGAAAAGGAGGUUCGUGAUGAAAAAAAUAAACUACUUUUACAAUUGCAAGCUUUGUUGAAAAAAUUUGAUCAGAAUAUUGGUGAAAAAAUUAAAGAGAACGUUUACCUACAAGAAGAAUAUGACGAGCAGAAGAAGCAAUUUGAUGAAUUCCUUAUCGACUAUCAACGAGAGGAGGCUGAAUAUGAAGCCAUCGUUAAAACAAAAGAGGAGGAGGAUCGUCGGAAGCAUGAGGAACGUGUAAUGCUGUUCAUGAUGACACGUGCCGCGAAAAUAAUACAACGGGCUUUUCGAAAAUAUCGCCGGGGCAAGAAAAAAGUCGAAAAGAAGAAAGGCAAAAAGAAGCGUAAUUAAAUAUUUUAAAAGUGUUUGUAUACACAUACACUUCUCAUGGAGACACUUUAAAUCUACGGUAGAUGAUUGAAUCUAGGCACUCAAUGAAUUUUUAAUAUAUCGAGAAACAUUUGAGGAAAAAUUAUUUUGGAAAAAUUGUAGUUUUCGUUCUGCAUGUUUGUAAAAAACAAAUAAAAUAAUUCUCGCAAUCAACCAAAAAAAAGAAAA